AUGGCGCUCUCACGCCGCGCUCCUCAAUCCAUCUGUGACGGCUUUUCAGGAUCGGUGGCGCCCCAAUACGUUUGCCGGUCCUGCAGAAAUCACCUCUUCCAACCCAACGCGAUCCAGAACCGUCAAUUCUCCAGUGCCAUCUCGACAGCAUCAGUCCGACGCAAACCAUGUGUUCCAGCGAAUCAGUCUCGCUCCAUUGUCUCACUCAAACUUCCGUGGCAAAAUCCUGGUCCACCACCCAUGCCUGAGGGGAGGAGGGAUCCCAAUCUUCCUCCCAUGGAGGAAUAUGUCGAAGCGCAAACUUGGGACGGCCUGGAACUUAUUGGACACAAAGGACAUUGGAAAGAUCUCCCUCCAAAAUCCGAAGAUGAAUUCGAACCCUGGCUUGAAGCAGGCACCGCCGCGACUCCUCCGGAUCGAACUCAGCUCCUCAUGUGCAUGUACAUUGCCAUCCUCGAAGUCCUCGCUGCGAAACACAUGAAUCUCGAUAUGUGCAAACCCGGUCCAUCCAUCACGCAGGGCCACGUGACAGCUCUGAAAAUCAAGCUCUCGAAUACAGGCACCUUGUCACACCUAGAAGACUCCAAGGGCAUAUUGGAUCAAGAGCAGGGCGACGACGAAUCGAGCGAGAACCAAGCUGUUGACCUUUCAAUUCCCGACAUCACCGAACAACUAUCAGCUGCGAAAUUUGAUUUCAAUGACCGUCUCACGUUCAAUAUCCUCAAACGUUUCUCCCAACUCUCCAAGCACCGCAUCCCCGAUCCCAUCCUCAACACCGUCCUCCGCAAGAAUAUGACCGUCACCGCCCUCAUCGGCCUCCUCACUCAGUCGUCAAAACCGAAACCCAAAUCCGUCGCGGAAGCUUUGGUCGCGAAGCAAAAGAAAGCAAUCGCGUUCGCGGCCCGGGCUCAGCUUCAAGACCCAGUAGUCCCAAUACGUGAUGUACAAGAAGGCAGCAAGCAGACGAGGAAACUCCCCCAACCUCUAGGACCAAAUGUGAUGGUUCUUUCACGGCGAGAGACGCCCGUGGAUAAGGAGAAGGAGGUCGGGAGAUGGAAGGUGAUUGAGCGUGAACUGAGAGAUAGAGGUUUACCCGUUCUGGGACAUAAGAAUCUGACGGCGCAGCGAGAGUUGAGAAGGGAACCUCUGUAA